UGUCAUCGGUGACGGCCGCGUGAUUCGAACAUCCGAAGCAGGAUUCAGUGUUAGUGUACGGCUGUGUAGUGGCUGGUGUGACAGCAGUACGCCCUUGAGCCUCGUUCGUGAGUGUGAUUCGCGAAAGUUUUUUUCGGCAAAUUUAUCGCUAAAGAUAGGUCAGGACUCGGUUUCGCUUUUGCUGUUUGCCAACUGGACCGCGUCAUUUCUCGGGCGAGAAUCAAUGGAAAAUUGACUUUCUGGCCCACCAGAUGCGAUUACUGGUGUUGCUGGGUAGACCGCAGAGGGUUGUGAAUUAAUCUUUUAGUGGCUGGAAGAGAGCAGCUUUCCACCAAUUGUAACGACAGAAGUGACGUGACACGACAGUGAGAUGCGUAAAAUCGAAGUGAUCUCGGGCUGCGGCCCUUGGGUUGUGGUAAAAGCACAUGAUUAAAAUUUAAAUUCAAUCCGAUAAAGCCAACGUAUUUGUUUAGUUCGGUUUUCGGCUUUGACAGAGCAGCGGAAACAUUAACGCUUUGCUCGUUCGGCUGUGGUUGCUCGAAUAUAGCGCGAAAAGCAGAUCCAAAGUUUGAAAUAUGUACACCAGAUUAGAGUCCUUGGUGGGGUGAAACUGUCAAUGACAGAUAGAGAGAAAAAAAACAGAACAAAGUUUGGCUUCCUUCACCGCCACCGGAUGCAACAAGGGCGGGGUGCUAAAUGGAACUGAGGCUGCCGUACGCGAUGUGAAAAGGAUUGCUCUUUUCCGCGUCGAAAACAGCCAGCGAGCGCCAUUUCGAGUGUGAGUGCCUGUAUAGGAUGUUCGGUGUAAGUCAAUUCUUCUAGCGUGAAGCUGUCAGGCGGCGACGACGACGACGGCGACGGCGACGAAUGAAGAGAUAACGAGAAAUUCGCAACCGAUAUCUCUGAAGGGCGGUCGAUGUGUGUGCGCUUGGAGUGAAUAUGAAUCGACAGCCGAAAGCUAUUGAUAUUCAAAUCGAUAUCCGAGCUCGAAAGCGAUAUAUUACAGAAAUGGUGAAAUUUAUUGCAUAGCUGUAGGAGAAGAAUUCCGUACGUGGUGGACGUAUCAACGGAGGCAUAUUUCCAGGUCUUUGGUUUGAUAAUGUUCGCCUGCCGUGGAGAAGCCUCCGGGAUAUAUUGAAGGAUCAGUUUUAGCUGAUUUGAACAUGUUUGCGGGGCACCUUUUCAAUUUGCCGUAUUUAUUCUAGCCCCGAAUGAUGCUGCUGGCAUAUUCGAGUAGAUGUUCAUAGCGCUUAACAGAGUAAAAGUACGUGAAGUGAUUGGAUUGUAUAUACCUAGCAGUUGUCAAGAUUAGUGCAUAAGUCGUUGUCAAUUGGAAGAUUAUUUUCGGCUAAAUAUUCCACUCAGAAUAAACAAAAAUCGUGUUCCUGAAAAAUUCAUGAAUAAUACUAAUUAGCAAAAACGAAAUUUACCGGUUCCAGAAGUUAAACAACAUUCGCGCUUCUCAGACGAGUGUAUUUAUUUGCUGCCACUGUGAAAGAAUCAACAAAUUGUUUACUGCCAACAGCGGUAAAAACAAACAGCAAACGAAAAAGUGAAACCAGUAAGAAAAGCAAAGAUACACAGUAAAAUUAUCAUAAAAUUCGAAGAAAAUUUAUCUAACCCCCCUUCCCACCCUAUUUGAAAAGAAGCAAACAAAACUGUGCAUCCCUUUCAAGUAGAAGUUCGCCAAACAUCGACAGUCGUUUUUAAAUAAAAAAAAACAUCGCCAGUUCAAGCUCUUCGAAACAUUCUUGGACGAGAGUUGUGUGGAAUUGUGUGCGCCUUCCAGUUUUCGGUCGGCAGCAGGUUGUGAUCUUCUUAGCUUACGAUUCCCUUUGGGCGAUACCGAAUACAUACAUAUACAAAAAAAAUCCCAACCGGUAAACGCCUGUGAGAAAAAAAAUCAGUAAAAAAUACCAUCAGUGAAAAGAAAAAAAAACACCUAAAAUUAUGGAAUUAAUCACGGCUGGUGACCGGAGCGCCGGUUGUCGUCCUGUGUGUCGCCGGUGGAAACGGUUGUAUCCCGUGGUGACGCUUCCGGCGCUGGCGCUGUUGCUGUUGCUGGUGACGACGGCGGCGGACGGUCAAACGCCAACGGAGAAAAUUCCCCUCGGUGCCAUCUUCGAGCAGGGCACGGAUGAGAUCCAGUCAGCCUUCAAAUUUGCCAUGCUAAACCACAACUUAAACGUGACGGCACGCCGAUUCGAGCUGCAGGCCUACGUUGACGUAAUUAAUACGGCGGAUGCGUUCAAAUUGUCACGGCUCAUUUGCAAUCAAUUUUCGCGCGGUGUGUUCUCCAUGCUCGGUGCCGUCUCCCCGGAUUCCUUCGACACGCUGCACUCGUACAGCAACACGUUCCAGAUGCCGUUCGUCACGCCUUGGUUCCCGGAGAAGGUCCUGACGCCGUCGUCCGGCUUUCUCGACUUCGCCAUCAGCAUGCGGCCGGACUACUACCAAGCCAUCAUAGACACGGUGCGCUACUACGGCUGGGAUCGGAUAAUCUACAUGUACGACUCGCACGACGGUUUACUGAGACUACAACAGAUCUACCAGGGCCUCCGACCAGGGAACGAAACAUUUCACGUGGAAACAGUCAAGCGGAUAGCCAACGUGAGUGAUGCCAUCGAGUUUCUGCGAACGAUCGAGGAGUUGAAUCGGUGGUCCAGGAAGCACAUUGUGCUGGACUGUAGCACCGAGCUGGCGAAGGACAUCGUGGUUAGCCACGUGCGCGAUAUCACCCUGGGCAAGCGGACCUACCAUUAUCUACUGAGCGGAUUGGUGAUGGAUGACCGCUGGGAGAGCGAGGUGAUCGAGUACGGUGCGAUCAAUAUCACCGGCUUCCGGAUUGUGGAUACGAGCAAAAAGUACGUGAAGGAAUUUCUCGACGGUUGGAAACGGCUCGAUCCGGCGACGUCGCAGGGCGCCGGCAAGGAGCUGAUAUCCGCCCAGGCCGCACUGAUGUACGAUGCCGUCUUUGUGCUGGUUGAAGCCUUCUCGAAAAUUGUCCGCAAGAAGCCGGACCAAUUUCGGGCGUACACGAUGCGCAACCGAGGCCCCUCGUUCAGCCUGCCGACGAACGGAACACGAACCCUCGACUGCAACAUGUCCAAGGGCUGGGUUACCCCGUGGGAGCACGGUGACAAAAUAUCGCGCUAUCUAAGGAAGGUGGAGAUUUCCGGCCUCACGGGAGACGUAAGAUUUAAUGAAGAUGGCAAACGACAAAACUACACCCUGCACGUGGUCGAGAUGACGGUGAACAGCGCCAUGGUCAAAGUGGCCGAGUGGUCUGACGAGAACGGCUUGACACCGGUGGUGGCCAAGUACACCCGGCUGAAAACGGACAUGAACUACGAGAAGAACAAGACCUACAUCGUAACGACCAUCAUCGAGGAGCCGUACAUCAUGCUGCGCCAGCCCGAACCGGGCGAAACGUUGGAGGGCAACGAUCGCUUCGAGGGAUACUGCAAGGAUCUGGCUGAUUUAGUGGCGAAAAAACUUGGCAUCAACUAUGAAUUGCGCAUCGUCAAGGACGGUCAGUAUGGCGCCGAGAAUCCGGACGUGAAGGGCGGCUGGGACGGAAUGGUUGGCGAACUGGUCCGAAAGGAGGCAGACAUCGCAAUCGCAUCGAUGACAAUUACCUCCGAGCGGGAGCGCGUUAUCGACUUCAGUAAGCCGUUCAUGUCACUCGGUAUUUCCAUUAUGAUCAAGCGGCCGGUUAAGCAGAAGCCCGGAGUGUUCAGCUUCCUCAAUCCCCUAUCGAAAGAGAUUUGGAUAUGCGUCCUGUUCAGCUACGUCGGCGUCAGCAUUGUCCUGUACAUAGUGUCACGCUUUUCACCGUUCGAGUGGCGGCUAGUUAAUUAUAACGACAAAGGAAACGCGUUUGGCCUACUUGCAGGCGACCAACCGGAUGCUGUUCCCCAGGCUACGGUGAAUGAGUUUAGCAUUCUGAACUCGUUCUGGUUCGCCCUGGGCGCCUUCAUGCAGCAGGGCUGCGACAUUUCGCCACGCUCGAUCUCGGGCCGGAUCGUCGGUUCGGUUUGGUGGUUCUUCACGCUCAUCCUCAUAUCGUCCUACACUGCCAACCUGGCGGCGUUCCUCACCGUGGAACGGAUGGUCACGCCAAUCAACUCACCGGAGGAUUUGGCCUCGCAAACCGAAGUCCAGUACGGCACGCUCAUCCACGGUUCCACCUGGGACUUCUUCCGGAAAUCGCAAAUUUCCCUCUACAGCCGCAUGUGGGAGUACAUGAACUCCCGGAAACACGUGUUCGUUAAAACGUACGACGAAGGCAUCCGGCGGGUGCGAACGUCCAAGGGUAAAUACGCACUGCUCAUCGAGUCACCGAAGAACGACUACACCAACGAACGGGAGCCCUGCGACACGAUGAAGGUGGGCCGCAAUCUCGACGCCAAAGGAUUCGGCAUUGCCACACCUCUGGGAUCACCGCUAAGGGAUCCCAUCAACUUGGCCGUACUUUCACUCAAAGAAAACGGCGAACUCACCAAGCUAGUCAACAAGUGGUGGUACGAUCGGACAGAGUGCAAGCACAGUGAGAAGCAGGACGCCUCCCGGAACGAGCUGUCACUGAGCAACGUGGCCGGUAUCUUCUACAUUCUUAUCGGAGGGCUGCUGGUCGCGCUGGCCGUAGCUCUGGUGGAAUUUUGUAUGAAAAGCUCCAACCGGGCUUCCAACCGUAUUCCCUUGUCCGACACGAUGAGUUCGAAUUCGAACUCGAAGAACCGACUGACGAUGCCACCGACAACCCGAGAAUACGACAACGGUCGUAUUGGUUACUACACACCAUCGACGCACUCCGAGCCCGAUCCGAUCCACGCCAACUCGCACACACAGGUUUGAUGUAAGGAGCCGCCGGAAUUACGCCUAUGACGACCACCGUACGCACCGACCAUUCGACAGAUCGUGGCCAACAGUCAACAUGAUACGUCCACACUGUUGAAGCAGCGGGUGUCCGCGGGUGGUCCAGGAGCACCAACCGGCAGCAUCAUGGGACCCGGUGGCGUGGUGCACGAUAAUUCCGGCUUGUAAAAUUCCUCCCGAAACCUACCAAAAUCUUCGCACACUCAACCCAAAAACGAAUGGAAGCUAAUCCUACCGUAGAGCAAUCGAAGGCUCUCGAGCCUUGAAAAUGCGGCGCAAGGCGAAACCGCGCAGAGAAAUCAAGAAUCAUCACUGAUACGAAACCUAGCUCGUAAUUGCAAGACACGCUGUAAAUAGUUUAGUAUUUGUUAUGAAAUGUAAAAUUUAAAACAAUAGGUAAUCAAAUUACUGAAAUAAAUGUAAUCCGAUAGGAGAUGAUUUCGCCCACAAUUCAAGCAGGCGGCUGAAAUCAAAUGAACUGAAAUAUUGAAGAAGAAACAAAAUAAAAAACGCUCUCUGUUAUUCGUUUAUUGAAAUAAUGGUAAAAACUUCAGUCGACCGCUAAGCUAAUAAAAACCGAGGAAUAAUGUCAUACCUACUGAAAAAAAAAAACCACUGACACAUAAGUAUUGUAAAGUCAAAACAAUAGUUUUACCUUUAAACAAUCGUAAAUAGUAAGAAUUUACCCACUCAUCAUAUAUUUCUGACAGCAGAAACCGAGAUGGCAAUCGAUUGGCGGCGAAAAACGGAAUCAACGAAAAAGAGAAAGUUAGUCGUUGUUGAAAAUUAUCUCUCCUCCAGCAUUCCUUGGGUACUCAUGACUCUACUAUUCCUCAACUAAAACAAAACAAAAAAAAAACAUUGUACAUGAAUCAAACCAACUUGCAAUGAUUCCUAAAACAAAUAUCUAGAAAUCUAAUUAAACCAAAAAAAAAAACAUAUGAAAGUAAAGGGAGACCCUCCUUAACGAAAAACACGUUUUGUGACUGCAUUAUUGUGUGUAAACACCACCGCUCCCGUGGAAAAGAAUAAAACCAAAAUGAAAACUAGCAGUAAACGCGGAUUGUCGCAAGGAACUCGGGAGAUACCAAAGACCCGGAACCGAAACGUUCAAGCUGCUGAUAAUAUCAAACAGAACAGACAAGAAAAAAAAACGGUGACGGUGUUAAAAGUUAAGCGUAAGAAACUAAACCAGAUACAAACCAAAAAAAAAAAAUCAUUGUUUUACCAUCCCCAUUAGUUUUGUACAGUGAUUACAGGACAGUGUUUUGUUGGAGAAUGUUUUUUGAAAUAAAUCAAAAUCUAGACAACUUUUAA